GUUGACUAGACGUUCACAGUCAACUGGUAAAGAGUGCUGUAGUGCGUGUUUGCGCUCUAUCCAGACUUUUUCGAAUCGGUUUGAUUGGACGCAGAUCGCAGCAAGAAAAAUACGUUUUAACCCAUCUUCUGGCGUUGUCAUUAAACGGAUUGCCAAGAAACGUCAUAUCGCUUAUUUUAAACUUGUGAGUGAUGGCACAGCGCAGACCAUUCGACCCCGAAGCCCAUGAUUUGGACAAGAAUUUCAGGCUCACGAAGUACGCUGAUCUGAAGGGAUGAGGGUGUAAAGUCCCCCAGGAGGCACUGCUCAAACUCCUUGAGGGACUUAAACAAGACUCGAACUCGGCCGAUGAACAGCAACAGUAUCUAAGUCCCACCUCUCCACGAUUUGGUAUUGGAUUGGAUUGCAGUGUAACACCACUUCGGCAUGGAGGCCUGUCAUUAAUCCAAACCACAGAUUUCUUCUAUCCCCUGGUAGAUGAUCCUUAUAUGAUGGGAAGGAUUGCAGCAGCCAAUACUCUGAGUGACUUGUAUGCAUUGGGUGUUACAGACACUGAUAAUAUGCUGAUGCUGCUCGGUGUACCCCAGAAAUUUACAGACAAAGAACGAGAUGUUGUUAUUCCUCUCAUGAUGCGUGGAUUUAAGGAUGUUGCUGAAGAAGCUGGAACACCCGUCACUGGCGGUCAAACAGUUUUGAGUCCAUGGUGCAUCAUUGGUGGGGUUGCAACUACUGUUUGUCAGGCUAAUGAAUUUAUUUCCCCUGAUAGUACUGUUGCUGGUGAUGUUCUAGUCAUGACCAAACCACUGGGCACCCAAGUGGCUGUAAAUGCCCACUCAUGGCUGGAAAUACCGGAGAAGUGGAGUAGAAUCCGAUUGGUUGUUACUGCUGAAGAUGUUGAACGUGCAUACCAAGAAGCUAUGUACAACAUGGCUCGGCUAAACAGGGCAGCGGCCCAUCUGAUGCAUAAAUACAAUGCUCAUGGUGCAACUGAUAUAACUGGAUUUGGAAUUCUGGGACAUGCAAAGAAUCUUGCCAGUCAUCAACGUAAUGAAGUGUCCUUUGUCAUUCACAAUCUACCAAUUAUUGCUAAGAUGUCAGCUGUUGGUAAGGCAUGUGGUAAUAUGUUUAAUCUACUGCAAGGAACCUCUGCUGAAACAUCAGGUGGUCUGCUUAUCUGUUUACCCCGUGAACAGGCUGCUGCAUUUUGCAAGGAUGUUGAGAAGACAGAUGGUCACACUGCUUGGAUUAUAGGUAUUGUUGAGAAAGGAAAUCGUUCGGCACGCAUCAUUGACAAGCCACGGAUUAUUGAAGUUACUACCAAGAUGGUGAAUGGUUAACCGUGUUUCAGCAAAUGUACAGAGCUAACAAAGAAAAUGACACUGUAGACCUUUCAGUCUUACUUUUAAAUCAAGAAAAAUACUGCCCAAUUAUCAAACAAAUUUAAAUUUAAAACCAAUUUUUAAUUUCGUUGUCAUGGGAAAUGACCCCCAAAAUGUAGAGUUAGAUAUAAAAAAAAUCUAGGUCACUGGUAGCCUUAAGACCUGGAAUUUGUAACUUUGCACUUGAUUUCUUAAAGAAUUGAGCAGCUUUCUGUGAAUCAAGUUCAUUAUUUGAAGUCUUCAGGUGAUUAAGAUACAGCAUACGUCUGGUAACUCUUUUUGUGAAGCUAUGUUGGAAAAUCACAACUCAUAUGUGACCCAGCAGAGCGGAUGUUUUAACCAGAGUUUUACCAGACUACAUAUGAUUGUAAUCUUAAUAGGCUUCCAGUGUUCUAGUAUAUAUGUUUAUUUUUUAAAAAAAGGAUGUGGUGUUGAUACUAAAGAUAAUGCAAUAGGUUCAAAUUAAUAUUCUCUUUAGGUUGCAUAGUUUUGUUCUCUAUUUAGCCAGGCCAGUAUAUGUAUAUUACAUACAAUAAAUUAGUUAUGAAAAUUACCCAUCUUACUAUAUACCAAGUUUGUAUAUCAUGUUAUUUCUGAAGUACUGUAUAAUACUUUAUUUUAGCUGGAAUUAAUUUUCGCUGAAAAGUGUUUUGUAUGGAUUUUAUUUUCACUGAUUUUUGAAAAGUUGAAUUUAAAAUCAGGAGAAAAGGUAAAUUCGCUGGAUUUUUUUUUCACGAAAUCAUUCCUUCAGCAAAAAUUAAUUCCAAGCGAAAAUAAAGUACUUUACUUUAGGGUAAAUUUGUUGAGUGCAUUGUAUACAAGAUGUUGUCAUGGUUACUGUUACAUGGACAAUUACAUCCUUACAACAAUAGUGGUGCCAUUGUUUGUAUAUCCUUCCUAAAAAGUUUUCCUUUUCCUAAAAUGUAGCUUAACCCUUAUGUGGCCAAGUUUAUGCAAAGAUAUGUGGGGCUUACAAGAUUAGGAUUAAUACAAUCCUUUAGAUGAGCACAAUAGUUUACUUUGAUAUGCAGAUGAACAUAAAUAGGGGCUUUCUGUUAUAGGGAGUACAAUCCAAGAUGGGACUUUGCUCCAGAUGAGCCUGCAUACAUGGUGCUUUAUUAAACUGAAAUCCCAAAAGUGUUCAUUAAAAUGCAAUCAAUGACUUGUAUCAUAGGCACUGUGUGAAUUUUAACUCGCUACACAUUAACCAUAGUUCUCUAUUUCUAAUAUUGAACAUUGAGUUCACAAGAUCAUAUGACUGAGAAUGGUAAAAAUAAAUAAAAAGGGGACAACUGGGGUAGCCUGGUUACCUUUCUGUUAUUGUUCACCCACUUAAUUGGAAGGUAACCAGGCCAGGUUGUAGGUCAGUCGCCUGCA